AUGGUUGCUUUCUUGUCUGGGUAUCCAAUGAAGGAGGUUGAGCGCCGUAAGAGGAUCUAUAUGAAACAAGUGAAUGAAUCCGAGGGGUUCGAUGUCAGUGGUCUUCCAGUACCAGACUUUGCUCCUGGACUAAUUGAACACAUCUGUAAUGAUACUUGUUCCCCUUUAAUCCUCCUUUAUGCUCAGUUAGGCCUUCAUCGUUACAAUUUGGUCCAGGGGAAGAACUUACAGCUCAGUAGCGUUAGGAAAUACAACGAGUCCAUGGGUUCUGCUGCUUCCUCUUACUACAUAACUUUGGUAGCUAUUGAUCCAGCUACCCAGUUGCUUCAAACCUUUCAGACUAGAGUUGAUGAACUACGCUAUGGCGAAUUUGUUUUGGAUUGCUCUAUUGCUAGACCUCUUGGCUGUGAAAUCAAGAAAAGUAGUGAGUGGCCGCCCAAACCUGUGGAAGACUUGCUUCAUACCUUUCCUGAGUGGCCGCCAAAGAAUCCUUUUAAGAAGUCAAAGAGAUGUUACGUUCUGAAGAAAUCAGAGUUGCGAGAGAAUGAUGAUUGGAUUCGUCUAUACUUGGAACUCGCAGUUGCCGCGUCGAAUAGGGACACCCUUGAGAACCAUCUUGUGUCCAACUUGAAGAUUGUCAAAGUAGCUAUCGAUACUACUAGUACCCAAGAGGGACUCGACUUAUUUGCAAUUGUCUACAUAAGAUACAAGGACUCGUGCAAGGCUCGAGUUGGUAAGGAUGUUGAUCGCGUAGCUGUAGUCAGAAGAUUCUUCAGUGAGGGCAUGGGAGCCUUCAGUCUAGUGGGCCAAAACCUGGGUAUUAUACACAAAAAGAGUAACAAACAACUUUUGCGUUUCAAACCGUGGCUGUUAUAUACUCCUAGGCGGCGGCUCAAGGCAUACAGACACAGUGGCCUUACCUUGACUCGUCGUGUGCCCAAGACGAGAUCCUUGGAGUUUUUCUUGAGCCGAUGCACGUUCAGAGAUGAUUUUACCAAAAAAGGAAAAGAGUGCGAAACUGUCCUCUAA